CUUCUCCGGCGGCGGAGCGGGGCGGCAAUGAGCGUGCAGACCUGCGGCCGCGCCGGCCGCGCCGGCUCCUCGCCCGCCCCGCUGCGGGCCGCCCGUCGCCGCUGAAGCGCCGCCAGGCGAGCCGGGGGAACAUGGGGGCCGUGCUGAGGAGCCUGCUGGCCUGCAGUUUCUGCGCGCUCCUGCGAGCGGCCCCUUUGUUGCUUUAUGCAAACAGACGGGAUUUGCGAUUGGUGGAUGCUACAAAUGGCAAAGAGAAUGCCACCAUUGUAGUCGGAGGCCUGGAGGAUGCUGCAGCGGUGGACUUUGUGUUUGGCCAUGGGUUGAUAUACUGGAGUGAUGUCAGCGAAGAAGCCAUUAAACGAGCAGAGUUUAAUCGAACUGAGAGUGUGCAGAAUGUUGUGGUUUCUGGAUUACUGUCCCCUGAUGGACUGGCAUGUGAUUGGCUUGGAGAAAAAUUAUAUUGGACAGAUUCAGAAACUAACCGGAUUGAAGUUUCUAAUUUAGAUGGAUCUUUACGAAAAGUUUUAUUUUGGCAAGAGUUGGAUCAACCCAGAGCUAUUGCUUUAGAUCCUUCAAGUGGGUUCAUGUACUGGACAGACUGGGGAGAAGUGCCAAAGAUAGAACGUGCUGGAAUGGAUGGUUCAAGUCGCUACAUUAUAAUAAACACUGAAAUUUACUGGCCAAAUGGAUUGACUUUGGAUUAUGAGGAACGGAAACUUUAUUGGGCAGAUGCAAAACUUAAUUUCAUCCACAAAUCAAAUUUGGAUGGAACAAAUCGGCAGGCAGUUGUUAAAGGUUCCCUUCCACAUCCUUUUGCUUUGACGUUAUUUGAGGACACAUUGUACUGGACUGACUGGAAUACACACUCCAUUUUGGCUUGCAACAAGUACACUGGCGAGGGUCUGCGUGAAAUCCAUUCUAACAUCUUCUCUCCCAUGGAUAUACAUGCUUUCAGCCAGCAGAGGCAGCCAAAUGCUACAAAUCCAUGUGGAAAUGAUAAUGGUGGUUGUUCCCACUUGUGUUUGAUGUCUCCAGUCAAGCCUUUCUAUCAGUGUGCUUGUCCAACGGGGGUCAGACUUCUAGAGAAUGGAAAAACCUGCAAAGAUGGCGCCACUGAAUUACUGCUUUUAGCCCGAAGGACAGACUUGAGACGCAUUUCCUUGGAUACACCAGAUUUCACAGACAUUGUUCUGCAGUUAGAAGACAUUCGUCAUGCCAUUGCCAUAGAUUAUGAUCCUGUAGAAGGCUACAUCUACUGGACUGACGAUGAAGUGAGGGCCAUACGCCGCUCAUUCAUAGAUGGAUCUGGAAGUCAGUUUGUGGUCACUGCUCAGAUUGCUCAUCCAGACGGGAUUGCCGUUGACUGGGUAGCCCGAAAUCUUUAUUGGACAGACACUGGCACUGAUCGAAUAGAAGUGACGAGACUCAAUGGGACCAUGAGGAAGAUCUUGAUUUCAGAGGACUUAGAGGAACCCCGAGCCAUUGUGUUAGAUCCUAUGAUUGGGUACAUGUAUUGGACUGACUGGGGAGAAAUCCCAAAAAUCGAGCGAGCAGCUCUGGACGGUUCUGACCGAGUAGUGUUGGUAAACACUUCUCUUGGUUGGCCAAAUGGAUUAGCCUUGGAUUAUGAUGAAGGCAAAAUAUACUGGGGAGAUGCCAAAACAGACAAAAUUGAGGUAAUGAAUACUGAUGGCACUGGGAGACGAGUACUAGUGGAAGACAAGAUUCCUCACAUAUUUGGAUUCACUCUGUUGGGGGACUAUGUGUACUGGACUGACUGGCAGAGACGGAGUAUCGAAAGAGUACACAAACGAAGUGCAGAGAGGGAAAUCAUCAUAGAUCAGCUUCCUGACCUCAUGGGCCUCAAAGCCACAAAUGUUCAUAGAAUCUUUGGUUCAAAUCCUUGUGCUGAGGAAAAUGGGGGGUGUAGCCAUCUUUGCCUCUAUAGACCACAGGGCCUGCGCUGUGCUUGCCCCAUUGGCUUUGAGCUCAUCAGCGACAUGAAGACCUGCAUUGUCCCAGAGGCUUUCCUUUUGUUUUCACGGAGAGCAGAUAUCAGACGAAUUUCUUUGGAAACAAACAAUAAUAACGUUGCCAUUCCUCUCACUGGUGUCAAAGAAGCUUCUGCUUUGGAUUUUGAUGUGACAGACAACCGAAUCUACUGGACUGACAUAUCCCUCAAGACCAUCAGCAGAGCCUUUAUGAACGGCAGUGCACUGGAGCACGUGGUAGAAUUUGGCUUAGAUUAUCCAGAAGGCAUGGCAGUGGAUUGGCUUGGCAAGAACUUGUACUGGGCAGACACAGGAACGAAUCGAAUUGAAGUGUCAAAGUUGGAUGGGCAGCACAGACAAGUUUUGGUGUGGAAAGAUCUUGAUAGUCCCAGAGCUCUUGCAUUGGAUCCUGCUGAAGGGUUUAUGUAUUGGACUGAAUGGGGUGGAAAACCUAAGAUAGACAGAGCUGCUAUGGAUGGAAGUGAACGAACCACACUAGUCCCAAACGUGGGACGAGCAAAUGGCCUAACUAUUGAUUAUGCUAAAAGGAGACUUUAUUGGACAGACCUAGAUACCAACUUAAUAGAAUCUUCAAAUAUGCUUGGACUCAACCGUGAAGUUAUAGCAGAUGACUUGCCUCAUCCUUUUGGCUUAACUCAGUACCAAGAUUACAUCUACUGGACGGAUUGGAGCCGACGCAGCAUUGAGCGUGCCAACAAAACCAGUGGCCAAAACCGCACCAUCAUUCAGGGCCAUUUGGAUUAUGUGAUGGACAUCCUCGUCUUUCACUCCUCUCGACAGGCAGGAUGGAAUGAAUGUGCUUCCAGCAAUGGGCACUGCUCCCACCUCUGCUUGGCUGUGCCAGUAGGAGGUUUUGUUUGUGGAUGUCCUGCCCACUACUCUCUUAAUGCUGACAACAGGACUUGUAGUGCUCCAACCACCUUCUUACUCUUCAGUCAGAAAAGUGCCAUCAACCGCAUGGUGAUUGAUGAACAGCAAAGCCCUGACAUCAUCCUUCCUAUCCAUAGUCUUCGGAAUGUUCGGGCCAUUGACUAUGACCCACUGGACAAGCAGCUCUAUUGGAUUGACUCACGGCAAAAUGUGAUUCGAAAAGCACAAGAAGAUGGCAGCCAGGGCUUUACCGUGGUUGUGAGUUCAGUUCCAAAUCAGAACCUAGAAAUCCAGCCUUACGAUCUCAGCAUUGAUAUUUAUAGCCGCUACAUUUACUGGACUUGUGAGGCUACGAAUGUGAUUAAUGUAACAAGAUUAGAUGGGAGAUCGAUUGGAGUGGUGCUCAAAGGGGAACAAGACAGACCUCGGGCCAUUGUGGUGAAUCCUGAGAAAGGGUAUAUGUAUUUUACUAAUCUUCAGGAAAGGUCACCCAAAAUUGAACGAGCUGCUUUGGAUGGAACAGAACGUGAGGUCCUCUUUUUCAGUGGUUUAAGUAAACCAAUUGCUUUAGCCCUUGAUAGCAGAUUGGGCAAGCUCUUUUGGGCUGAUUCGGACCUUCGACGAAUUGAAAGUAGUGAUCUCUCAGGUGCCAACCGUAUAGUAUUAGAGGACUCCAAUAUCUUGCAGCCUGUGGGGCUGACUGUGUUUGAAAACUGGCUGUACUGGAUUGAUAAGCAGCAGCAAAUGAUCGAAAAAAUUGACAUGACAGGCCGAGAGAGCAGAACCAAAGUCCAGGCUCGAAUUGCUCAGCUGAGUGACAUCCACGCCGUGAAGGAGCUCAACCUUCAGGAGUACCGACAGCAUCCUUGUGCUCAGGAUAAUGGUGGCUGCUCACAUAUAUGUCUUGUGAAAGGUGAUGGUACAACCAGGUGCUCUUGCCCCAUGCAUUUAGUUCUGCUGCAAGAUGAGUUAUCAUGUGGAGAACCCCCAACGUGUUCUCCACAGCAGUUUACUUGUUUCACGGGGGAAAUUGACUGUAUUCCUGUGGCCUGGCGGUGUGACGGGUUCACUGAAUGCGAGGACCACAGCGAUGAGCUCAAUUGUCCUGUGUGCUCAGAGUCCCAGUUCCAGUGCGCCAGCGGGCAGUGUGUUGAUGGUGCCCUUCGAUGCAACGGAGAUGCCAACUGCCAGGAUAAAUCUGAUGAGAAGAACUGUGAAGUACUUUGUUUAAUUGAUCAGUUCCGCUGUGCCAAUGGUCAGUGCAUUGGAAAACACAAGAAAUGUGAUCAUAAUGUGGAUUGCAGUGACAAAUCAGAUGAGCUAGAUUGUUAUCCAACAGAGGAGCCAGCACCACAGGCGACCAAUACCGUUGGUUCAGUUAUUGGAGUGAUUAUCACCAUUUUGGUGUCUGGAACCAUAUACUUUAUCUGCCAGAGGAUGUUGUGUCCACGUAUGAAAGGAGAUGGGGAAACCAUGACUAAUGACUAUGUAGUUCAUGGACCAGCUUCUGUGCCCCUGGGCUAUGUGCCUCACCCAAGUUCUUUGUCAGGCUCUCUGCCAGGAAUGUCUCGAGGUAAAUCAAUGAUCAGCUCUCUCAGUAUCAUGGGCGGAAGCAGUGGGCCCCCUUAUGACCGUGCUCAUGUCACAGGCGCAUCUUCAAGUAGUUCAUCAAGCACCAAAGGCACUUACUUCCCAGCUAUUUUGAACCCUCCUCCAUCCCCAGCCACAGAACGAUCCCAUUACACUAUGGAAUUUGGUUAUUCUUCGAACAGUCCAUCUACUCAUAGGUCCUACAGCUAUAGGCCAUACAGUUACCGGCACUUUGCACCCCCCACGACCCCCUGCAGCACGGACGUCUGUGACAGUGACUAUGCGCCCAGCAGGAGAAUGACUUCAGUGGCAACCGCCAAGGGGUACACCAGUGACUUGAACUAUGACUCGGAGCCCGUGCCCCCGCCUCCCACACCCCGCAGCCAGUACUUGUCAGCAGAAGAGAACUAUGAGAGCUGCCCGCCUUCCCCGUACACAGAGAGGAGCUACUCUCAUCACCUCUACCCACCGCCGCCCUCGCCCUGCACCGACUCCUCCUGAGGAGGGGCCCUCCUCCUCUGCUGCCUCGACGCACACGUGGACACACAGAUUCGCUGGAGUCUGGAGGGGGGGAGGGAGCUAUCGGCGCAGGAUGAGGCAGACCGUGUACAGUUAAAAUUAUAAAUGGGUAGGGAAUACUGGAGAUAUUUGUACAGAAGAAAAGGAUAUUUAUAUAUUUUCUUAAAACAGCGAAUUUGCUGCUUGUGCCAUAAAAAAUUUGUAUAAAAAUAAAUUUGUACUAAAAGUUUUAUUUUUGCAAACUAAAUACACAAAGCAUGCCUUAAACCCAGUGAAGUGACUUGAGUCCAAGGAAACAGGAAUAAAGGCAUCACUGACCAGGAAUUCCUGGCCUUUAUUAAUACCAAAAAUAAAAGAAGUAUACAAGGAAAAAAAAAUACUCCAUCUCAGAGCAGCAAACCAUAGGUACUUGGAAGUUGCCAAAUAGCCUUCAUGUUAAUAUUUGAGGGCCCAACAAGUUUAAGGAAUCAUGAAGAGGAAGGGGAAAACAGGGUCAACACUAACUUUGGACAGAGGGCUUUGUUUUCUCUAGGAGUCCAACCAAUGUUGUGGGGAAACAGAUUUUCGUGAAAACCUGCUCUCUGUUGGUGUCUCGGGCCAGACCAGCUGCCCCUCAGACUCUGCGGGAGCUUGAGAGCAGGCCCGCACCUCUGCCAGGAGCCAACUCUUCUCUUGAGUUUUCACCUUCCUCCCCAACAGUUUUUAUGGGCCAUUUUGCCAAGUUACCAUAAUUUAUUCAAAGUUUUUUUUAACCUGAGAAUUGAGUAAAUAUUUUUUCGUUACAAUGUUUCUACUCUAUUAGCUCCAUUCCCCGUUGAAUUAGCUCUUCAAUUUGACUGUGACUUCUGCCUAAUGAUCAAAAGUUAGAUAUUUUAUUGCUCCUCUUUACUUCCAGGAUUAAUUCUCAUUAAAAUGUCUUUACAAUACAUAUAGUCAGUGUUUAAGAAUCACAAAUUUAGCCAUUACUUUUGUUGUAAAUUAAUCAUAUAUCCUUGCAGUACUUUCAGCGUAUAAUAUCACAAUAUGAAAUCAUUUAUAUAAUUUUUUUCCUAGUAAAACUUUAAAAUAUGUCCUGGUUUUAGAGACAAUCUAUUAAAAAAAAUUCUGUUAUCACUAGAUUUUUAUUGUUUCUGAAAAGUUCAUGUUCUUGGCCAAUUUUUCUCAGAAUGAUGCCAAUCUACAUACAUACCUCUUCCAAGUAUGGCAUGAGUUUAAUAUCAUUCUGUUACCCACUGUGAAUGUUAGAUUCUUUGCAACCUAUCCAAAAAUCAUCCUUAUAAUCACCUUAUUUAUAUGUGUAUUCUCUUAUCCCACUGUGGGCUAUCGAUUUAAGCAAUAUAGAUGAAAUGAAAAUGCAGAGUAGUAGCUUAGCUUUCCGAGCUUGAGAGGAGGGGACUGGAAUGGCCUGUUGUCUGUCUCCCUGACUGCUCAGCCUCACCUCUGAGGCUGCCUGCUAGCGUGGCUCCGUCUCCUUGCCUUCUUUUGACAUGUAUCCAGCACUUCUCUGCUCAUAGUGAAUGUUAACAGGUGUUGGUCAGUUAUGGAAUGUGGAGAUUUUGUUUCGUUUUGUUUUUCUCUGUGUUUUACGUUCUCUCUUGCUGAGGCCUCUGGAUUUUAAGGUCCAAGGAGAAAACAACAAAAGAAAAGAUUCGGAAUUUUGGCAGGGGUGAAGAAAAAAUAGGGUUUCAGACUAAUGCUUAGAUUGUUGGGGUCACCCUCGAUGGGUCCGGGUACUUCAUUUUGCAUGUAAAGAAGCAGUGACCCAUCGGUCAGACUGUCCCUGACUCCUCUCAGUGAUGGAAUAGAGCACACACAGCCCAGCAGCCCGUGGACAUGGAAGUUGUUUUCCGGGACAUACGGGGGGGGCACUCGAUGCUUAAAUGAAGAUGGAAAGGUAACUGGGUAUCAGUUAGAAUUGGAGAAUUCUCUAUGUUUACAUUUCCUAAUGUAUGUCUUUCUCUGGUGGGCUUCCCAUGUAGAAACUUGCACUAUAAUGAACGAAGAAGAAUCUUGCCUUGUUCUGUCUCAGUUCAAGUGCUUGUACUGCGAUGGCAUUGGCCUCUUCUUGCAAAAAUUCUAAUUUGUGUGCCAAUUUGCUUGAAAUUAUUAAAAGGCAGUUCAACUUGGUCUCAGCAUCCUCUUUCUGGGAUAGUUGAAGUAUUGUCUUAGUAUUUGUGGGGGAAGUAUCUUUAAAAGUGGCAGAAUUGAUGAAAUUUCAAAAAGAAAAAAGACCCUCGUUACAUGGACAGUUAAGCUGAAGUAAACACUCUUGAUGAUUAGACAGUGAUCUUUAAUUUUAAAACCUGAGAGUAAAUAACCUGUUAGAAUACACAUUGGAAGGAAAUUUUAAACUUGGUGUAUUGCUAGACUAAUGAUCCAUGAGGAGGAAAUGAAACAUUACUAGUUUCUUUAUACAAGUAUUUUUUUUUUUUGAACAUAGGCCUCAGAAUCUGUCCCUUACUGAAGUGUUGCAGGUGUCUGAGAAGUAGACAUGAGUGCAAAGUACUUUCUCAGCCAGUCUGCUCUGAGACCUUCUCUUCUGGACAGCAGCCCAAGAUGUGCUAAUGCUUAAAUCACAUAAUAGCUUGUUCAUAAAGGGCAAAAGCAGUUGGAUGGAAUUUUCUCAGUAUUGAUAUAUUUUUUUUAAUUUUUAAUUUAUUUUUGGUUUUUGGGCCACAUCCGGCCAUGCUCAGGGGUUACUCCUGGCUCUGCACUCAGGAAUCACCCCUGGCGAUGCUCAGGGAGCUAUAUGGGACACGGGGAUUGAACCUGGGCUGGCCAUGUGCAAGGCAAACACUCUACCCGCUGUACUAUAGCAACUUUUGGCCCAAUACUAUUUAGUUAAAACUUACUACACUUUAAAACUUAUCUGCCCUGCACAUCAUGAAAUACAAAACUUUUUAAUUUUUUACGAAAUAUUUUGUAAUAAACUGCUAAUACUGGCCUUUUUGGUAAUUCUGACAACAAUUUCUAAAGGGAUGAUGGUAUUUAGAAAUACUUCAUAGUACAGUUUCAUCCAAUAAUGGUGGGGGGGGGACCUUGAGAAGUUAAAAUUUUUUACUAAGGGUAAUUUGUUCUUUUUAAAAAUACUGUCAAGUUAAUUUGUCUGAGCCCAUCACAUGUAAUAUUAAGAACUAAAAGGAGCUACUUUUUUGUACAGGUGGGCAUUUAGGGUUUUUUUUUUUUUCUGGAAGAUUUGUUUUGCUAUAAAAACCCAAGAUUUCAAGUAGAAUUAGCAGUUGUGACUAAACUAAUCUGUUAAUGAAAUGUAUAUUUAUGUAAGCUGAGACCAAUAGAUCAUAGUUGAGACUGUUCACUUCAGGCUAUAUAAGGCCCUAAGGAAGUCCGCUUCUCUGCAGAUGAUGUGCUGCUACUCAGGUAAUCCUUAUCUGAGAAUCUUAGAAACAGGUUUGUGAAAUUAUUUGACUUCUGGUUAGCCCUCAGCCAAUUCGGUUAAUAGAGCAUUGGACUCUUUGGUUUGUUUUCUUUUUUUUGCAGAAGAAAACUUGCCAACUUCAUUGAUUUAUGACCUUAAGAGCUGUGGGUUGCUCACCAUGCCACGUGUACCACGAUUCAUACACAAAAAUUGGGACUUCUUUACAUCCCCAGUCUGCCCUGACUUAUAAUAAAUGCAGCGCUUAAACUGUGUGGUGUCUGGGUGUGGGUACAGGUACAUGAUUGUCGGCUGGACAUCAAGAGUUUGACCAUCCACAGCUGAGAACUAUCCACUCUAGAACUAGACUGAGUCAUAAGUUUAUAAACAAACAUUGUUUAAAGAAAGUUCUGAGAAUUCUUAAACUCAAAAAGUUUUAUUCCAAGCCUAAAAUGAGCCAAGAGAAGUAUCAGAUGGAUUUAGAAAGCAUUGGUGAUAUACGUGGUUUCUGACCUCAGGGAUAUCACCAGUUCAUCAGUCUAAAAAAUCAGCUUUUGAAAUUCUCAAGCUUUUAGAGUACUUGAGCCUUAGUCAUAAAAAUGUACAUUUAUAAUUUGAAACAAUUUUAGGAGCAUUGUGGAUCUUAGCCCCAGGAUUUGAAUUUGAUUUUGAGGAUUUUUUCCCUUUAUUUUUUUCAUGAUUCUGUCUCAUUAAGACUCUGAAGGGGCAAGAGUUAGUUUUUUGACUCAGAAUGAAAUUACCAAUUUCUGUCUCCCUCCUUCAGUCUUGAUAACAGUUACUCUUUUUCAGAAAGUAUCCAUAAACUAUCCUUGAAAUUCAUUGCUAAGAAAAAAAAUCCCCCAUGACUUUAUAGAUAAAACUGUUUUAAGUGAUUUCUUGAACUUAAAAGUGUACUGUAGAAAUAGCAAAAACUUGUAGAUUUUUCACUAUUCAGAUUUGUCCAGAGUUAACCAAAGAAUUAGAGACUGUACUUUUGCUUAACUGUCCAUUCCUUAGGUCACAUUAUAAGUCAGGCAGGAAAUAUGUGUAUAUCUUCAUACAUAUGCACAUAUAUGUCUAGAAUAUGAAUAUUGAAAGGACAAUAUGACUACAUCUAAUGUCAUUCCUUGAAUAAGGAAAAUUCUAAAUGAGCCAAGAGGAUACAGGGACACUUAAGUUGAACUAGCCUGGUUUGCAAGUGAAGGAUCUGGUGCUGCUUUCAGAUGUUUAUCCUUUGUGUUUUAAAAUUUUUCUUAAGCUUUAAUCUUUGUUAUUGUCUUAAAGUCUGCUGGUGUUUCUUGUUCAUGGACUUUGGUACGAUGGUGCUUUGCAAGGAUGUAUUUAUAUUUUAAUGGCCAACAUUUGGUCAGCCCUUGUCCACUAUUCACUUCCCCCUUUUUGUAAAGUAAGUGCUUUAAUUGUAAACUGUAUAAAAAAAAUACCUUGUACAAACCCCCUUUUUGAUUCUUACAAUAAGCUGAGCUGUAAUAAAUGAAAUGUUGAUUUUUAUAAUAAAACUGGAAAAAUUAAAGUGUCUC